AUGGAGAGCCCACCGCGUGCAGAGCAAUCAAUCAAGACUUGGGAAAAGCCUCCCCUGGGUAUAGUGAAGCUUAACUGGGACGCAGCCAUUGACGUUGGGAGGCAGAAAAUGGGAGUAGGAAUUAUAGCACGGGACCAUGCUGGUAAUGUUCUGGCAGUCUUCUGUGCUUCGAGACCUCUGGUCAUAGACCCAACAGUCGCAGAAGACAUAGUCGCAUGGAAAGCCACGGAUGUCUGCAUGCUCAUGGGAUUCUCCAAGGUCAUUCUGGAAGGAGACUCAAUUGAAGUGGUUAAAGCCUUGAAGGGAGAUGAUUGGUGUUGGAACAGAUAUGGCUCUCUAAUUAAUGAUGCAAAAUCUACUCUUAAUAGUCUUCAAGACUGGCAUGUUUGCCACACAAAGCGCUUGGCCAAUUCUACAGCUCACUUGCUAGCUAAGCACAGACUCACAGUAUCGGAAGACCAGCUCUAG